AUGUUGGGCAACCAUGGGAUCUGCACUUCCGAGAACCAUGACCUUCUUGCUUGGCUAGCUCUCCACGAAUCAAUGCUGAACGGAAGGCUCUCUCGAACCAGCGACACCUCUAUUUGGCGUGAGGAGAUGGACCAGGCCAUGUUCAGGAGAGGCGACUACAGCGUUGAAGGACUGAUUGGCGAAACGCCUGAACGAAGACUAGCAUCACUUGUCGGAAAUCUGUCCUUUGUUCGAGAGUUCGAAUUAGCAGUGGACUUCAUGGGCGUUGCAUCAACCAUCCCAUUGAAUGCAACUAUUGAAAAUUUCGCUGACUUGUCUUCCUGGAACGACAAUGCACUCAUCCUGAGUUUUCAAGCGUUGCAGGCGUGCAAACAAUUACCAGACGACCGGGUUGUGGUUAUCACUCCAACCGACGAUGAUCCAAGCAAAAUCGACCUCUAUCCCACUAUAUCUACGCUUUUCUUGCUACCAUGGGAUAACAUGUGGACAUGUGUGCUGUGA